AUGGAGCCUGCAUCUCCUAGUAACAGAGACCUUCAUCCACCGAAUGGGUCCAUCCUCCCCCAUCUCCUUCUGAUAGCGGCUCAGAUUCUGAUCCUCAGCGGCCCUCGGCGUCUGCCCAGUCGAAGGUUUAUCACCAUCUCAUCAAUCCUCACUCUAGCAGUGAUUUCCCAAUGCAAUCGUUUUACCAACGACCCAGCUCUUGCGAAUAUUUUCGCUCUCGCCUGGCCGCAUUGGCUGUCCGUCUUGGAAAAGGUCGUCUUUGCCUCUCCUGAAGGCCCAGAGGCGGACCUGUGGCGCAUUGACAGGCCCAGAGAACCGCUAGUUUGGUCGGCGCUGAGUUGGCACAAGAUCAAAUGGGCCGUAGCUCUACUGCUCAACCUUAGGGGCAUUAGAUGGAGUUUCCAGGUGAAGAAUGUGCCUCAAGUACCGGGACUAGACCGCAUGACCAGGGUUCGCUUCCUGCUUUGGCGCCUAUCGGAGUUGGUUGUUGUUGUCUUGAUGGCCGACCUGGUUUCGCAAAUGGCGGUUCGAUUCUUCUAUACAGACAGGGUGACUGGGGAGGCUGGUACGCUAGAUUCCAAGUACAUCGAUCUCCGCGACAACCGAUGGGCAUGGAGCUUCGUUAAGGCCCUGACGUUUGGCUUGGGGCCUUACUUCUUUAUCAAUAUGCAAUACCUCGCCGUCUCCAUUCUGGCCGUUGUGACGGGCAUCAGUCAGCCAGCGGACUGGCCACCGCUGUUCGGUAAAUUGAAGUAUGCCACCACCGUCAGAAACUUCUGGGGAACGUUCUGGCACCAGAUGCUGCGCAGUUCACUCAGUAAAAUCACCGGCGCCGUCGUGGACUUUCUCGGCAUCUGUAGGGGCACCAACGCUUCUUCCUAUACCCAGCUCUGGCUCGCCUUCACAGUCUCUGGUGUCAUGCAUGCGGCCUCUCAGCUUCUUAUGCCCCGUCCAGCCAAUAUCGAAAUCAAGGACAUUGCUGUUGGGAUCUUCCUAUUCUUCCCCUGGCAGGCGGCCAUGAUCACGCUCGAGGACUUUGUGAUCUGGUUAUGGAAGCGGCGAUUUUGUCCAGAGAAUCCUACGUGGGCGCCACUUGUGGGUUAUUUGUGGGUUAUGUUGACUUUUUGGAUUUCCUUGCCCUUUCCUGGGAAUUCUAUGGCGAGGUUGAAAAUGGGAGAGGUCCCACCAUUGCCGUUUACAGUGUUUGGGCCGAUGGUCCGCAUGUUGCCGCUUCCCUAG